UAUCACUCUCAGUCCAUGGCGACCGCCGGGACCAUUCCGAUGACAAACACUCAAUCCACUGCCGGUAAUGGCGCCCAAUCACAACCCCCAAUCGCCACGCCUUCUUUUCGUACAUUCCUCUCACGGCUCACAUCCUCGAUCCGUCAGGGAUUCUCUCACUGCCGCCCGUGGUACGAGCUCAUUGAUCGGACUGCCAUGGCACGUCCCGAAAAUCUAACUGACGCCUAUUCCCGGAUCAGAAGAAACUUGUCUUACUUCAAAGUCAAUUACAUAACUCUAGUCGCAGUUGUACUCGCUUCCUCUCUCCUAUCGCAUCCCCUUUCUCUCCUUGUCCUCCUCGGCCUCCUCGCCGCUUGGCUCUUCUUAUACUUGUUCCGACCGUCAGAUCAACCUCUCGUAAUCAUCGGCCGUACUUUCUCCGAUCGUGAGACGCUUGGUGUGUUGGUGGUUUUGACACUCUUUGUCGUGUUUUUGACCAGCAUUGGCUCGCUCUUGAUAUCCGCGGUCUUGAUUGGAGUUGCCAUUGUUUGCUUACACGGUGCGUUUAGGAUUCCAGAAGACUUGUUCUUAGACGAUCAGGAGCCUGGCAACUCCAGUUUCCUCUCCUUCCUCGGUAACGCCGCCACCUCUGCUGCUAUUGCGGCGGCCCCUGCAGUUGCUUCGCGUGUGUGAACUACAGAUUUUGCAAGCGGCACGUGCGUAUGAUUUUCACAUUCUUUCAUGGUAAAUCAAAAACGAUUAAACUGUUUUCACGGUAGAUUGGGAUAUUCAAUUGUAGCUUUGCACUUGUUUUUAUUUAGACUUGGAUUAAGAGUUAGAUCUUACUGUAUUCUGAUUUG